CAGUUCAGACACUGUCUACAAUCUGUGGCAGGCAGACCGCCAGCUUUCAAAGUGGAGGCUACAGCAUGAAGAUCACAUUCACCACGGAUACGCAGAAACAAUAAAGGAUUUUCCGCUACUUACAGGAGUGUGCCCAAGGAAGACUGUACACUGAUUCUACUGGCUACAGACAUGGAUUCGUACAUCCAGUCCCCAGGUUACCCAACGUCGUACUAUAGUAACUUGAAUUGCAAAUGGAAUAUCCUGGCGGAGGAUAACGAUGCUGUGAUCGAACUUGUCACUGUCGACUCCAACAUCGCCGACACCUCACCUUGCAGCAGUGACAGAGUGACUGUGACGAACUCUAAUAAGACGGAACUUGGGACAUUCUGUGGAACGAGCAGACCAAGGUUUCAGAGUACAGGACCAAAUAUGACUGUUGUCUUCACCACUGAUGGAACCAACCAGGCAACAGGGUUUCGGCUGAAAUACAAACAAAUAUCUGGUACCAUACCGACAUGUGGAACCCAAUCGUUAACCGCCAAUGCCAGCAAACACUUUUCGUCUCCAGGGUACCCCAAAGAAAAUUUUACGCCACAAACAUGCCGCUGGACAAUUUCAGCAUUGAAUCAAAGAUUUGUCCGAAUCUAUCUUCUUGAUUUAGACGUGGAGGUUGAUGGCGCCGACAGUCUCAAGAUAUACGACGGGUCUUCUACUUCCAACAUACUGGCAACACUGAGUGGCCGAGUAAACGGUUACUGUUUACAAAGCACAGGACGUGUGAUGACUGUUGUCUACCAAACUGAUGACACCAACAACGGAAAAGGUUUCAACAUCUCAUACAGUCAAACAUCGGAUGAUAACGAUGACAGUUGUUCAAGCUAUGGCUUUAUUGCUGAUUCUACGUAUUCCUACUUUUUCUCCCCAAGAUACCCGUUGCCUUACCCGGGUAAUUCGGAGAAACCUACAUACACACUAACCACCAACUAUCACUAUCGAAUCAAACUCGAGGUAAUGAGUUCAGAUCUCCCUGCAGAAGUAAGCGGCCAGUGCACACGUGACUAUGUAACUGUUUAUGACGGAUACCAAGCAACCUCGAUGCCACUGAAGUCGAUUAAUACCCAGAAAUCCCGGCUCUGUGGUACUGACUUGCCGACGUUUGUUAGCUCCAAUAACGUGAUGCUAGUGGUAUUCCACACAGAAGGUACACCAACAAACUCGGGCUUCCAGAUGAGAUACAAGAGUGGAGCGUUCACAGAUGAAUACGUACCUCAGUGUGGUGGAUCUCUGACUGCUACCGAUAGUGCCCAAAGCGUUACAUCUCCCAAUUACCCAAACAGUUACGACGGGAAAAUCCGUUGUACUUGGACGAUAACAGCAUCAGAUAGGACCAAGUACGUCCGGCUCACCGGAACUGAGUUUCAACUUGAUUCCACGUUCGUUGGCGAAUGUCAAUACCAGUCUAGUAAUCUGAGAAUUAGUGACGGAGCAAGUGAUGCGGCACCCAGUGUCUGGGAGUGUGGAAACCUGACGUUGAUACAGCGGCAGAGUACAUCCUACGUAAUGACGUUGUUGCUAAGGGCUGAGGGUACUUACAGAGGAAUGAAUCUGCAAUACUUGCAAACAAGAGAUCCAUUGCCUUGUGAUUAUACGAUCGACAUCAACGACAAAACGAGUUCCGGGAACAUUAUAUUUCCCGGAAAUGUUGAGGGCUACAGUCAGAGUCGUUCCUGUUCGUGGUUGUUGAGAAGAGCGAAUAGUACGAAGACACUUGACAUUAGUGUUACGAAGUCGGAAAUAAUGCCAUCCGCGAGCUGCACAGAUGACAAAAUACUGAUUUAUGAUGGUAAUUCCAGAUCAAGUCCUCUCAUUGGGCGUUUUUGUGGAAUGGGUUUGCCAAGUUUUAGAAUGACGGGGAGAAAUGCCUUCAUCACAUUUCUAGCUACAUCCCAGCCUGUUCGCCGUUCCUUUACACUCUCGUAUCUAGAAGCUGACCUCGCAUUCUGGAAACGUAUCAACAAAUACGCUCAGAGGACAGAGAACACCCUUCUCACUCCAAACUACCCUCUGAACUACCAACGGAAUGCGGAAUAUUCCUGGGAUCUAUACACCGUGACCAAUGGUGAGAACGUUGUCAUAAAAGUAGUGACGUCAGACAUUGAAGAGUCAGAUGGCUGUGUCAACGACAGAGUUCAAGUGCACGACGGUGCCUCUAAGUCAUCCAAACUUCUUGGAAAGUGGUGUGGAAAAGAUACACCGACAUUCCGAAGUUCAAGACAACACAUAGGUCUCUAUUUAAUCAGCAACGACAACGACGUCACCGGUGCAGGAUUCGAGAUUAAUUACUAUACACUUGAAGCAGAUGAUGACUCAAAUGCUGGAGCAAUCGCCGGUGGCGUGAUUGGUGCUUUGCUGGCAGUGUGCCUCAUUGGUGCUAUUGUAUUCAUCAUAAUUAAAAAGCCCUUCGCACGAUGCCGCAGAGGCAAACCAAAAACAACGUAUGGUGUGAAAUGAGUUUCCUGUUUUGUAAAUCCUCCACAAACGGCAAGGCCUGUGACUCGGCAUUAUUUUGUAAAAUACAAAAGUAUACUGCGAGAAACAAAUAAGGAAGCACAUGAAAGCACAAGUAUCCCUUUAUUUAUUCCCAGAUCUUUACCUACACUGCAAUACAAAGCAAGCAAAAAACAUGGAAAAGGAUAAAGGAACACUUUUAAUGUCAUAUGUUCCCUAAUUAGUUACCUUCAGUUUAUGUAUCUAUAUGUACAGAUAAAUAGAUAAUAUAGAUAGAUGAAUAGAUAGAUAGACAUAGUGUAGAUAGAUAGACAGACAGAUUAACUAUUUUUGAAAAUUUCCACGGGUUAAAUCAUAGGGAAUACGUUUGGACUACUAUCUAUCUAUUUAUAUAUCAAUUGUAAAUAGUACAUGUCAGAAUAGUAAUUUAUGCCGUCCAUGAUCGAAUGACAUCACCUGUUGACAUUAACGACAUAAAUAUACAUAUGUCAUCGUUAGUGGGAUGUCAGCAUCAUGCACGUCUACUAGUAUCAGUCAGAAUAACAGUACUGAUUAAAAAGUGUAUAUUUAUUCGUUGAUGUCUUGUCAAUCAGAUAGAGUUAGAUACUUAUCAUUUGAAUUAUUGCUCAUUCCAUUUGAAAUCAGCAUAAUUCAUUUUGAUUUCAACACACAAGCAUUUAUCCAAUACGUUGCAUGGCCGAUAUGAUUGUUUAAACCAAAUUCAUCAGAUAACCAGAAGUGUCUAUAUCUUGUUCUGAUGUUUGUUAUUCCUAUCAGAAACAAGUCUUGUAUUAUUUCUAAAAGGCUCAACGAUGAAGAGGUGUAUCAAUUGUAAAUAUGUAUAAAUAUGUAACUAUGUAUCUGAUGCCGGUAUGGCUUAGUCAGAGACAGCAAUAGGGACUGUCCUGUCAUAGUUUUGAAUGAGUGUCUCAUUUGAUUGUAGCCAGUGUGAGCGUGUGUGAGAGAGAAAUCCAGAUUUCGAGAGCAUAUCUUCUUUUGGCCGUUUUGAAUACAAGACACCUUUUAUGGAGAACAACUUCUUUUUAAUCUGUACACGCCGUUUCAGAGCUAAGUCUUGCUCCUACAUGUUACAAUUAAUGAAAUGUGUCAUGCAUUCAUGUUUGUUCAACUAAAUGCCUUUUUAGAAGUUCCCUAUCAGUUUUGUAACAACGUACACUAAUUUUUUAUUUGCUUAUUGCAAAUUCGACGAAGAACCUGAUAUGAAUAUCUUUUCUUACAACAUCCAUUAUAACGGAAUGGUUUUGUAACAGCUGACCUUUUAACAUCUGUUUUCACAUAUAUGUCAAGGUUUCACCUUGUUUUUAUAGCAAUGUUUACUUUUUUACAAUUGUACAUGAUUACAUUUGCCAUGCUGUUUAUUAAAGAAAUGUUUGUAAAAUGUAUGGUUUUUUAUGUCUUUUAGGAUAAAAUAUUCAGGUAAUUA